CUCAUAGAUACAACAUUACAAAAGGGCAUUGCAAGCAAAUGACAGACAAUUCUCUAGUCAAGGUAGCCGUUGUUAUACAAUCAUUAACGCUCACAUAACAUUUCCCUCGUCAACAAGGAACCACCUUCUCUCUCUUUAUUUUCUUUUCCACCACCACGCUCCUUCCUUCAAUGAAUUCCCUCGUUGCCCAAGCCGAAUUUUCCGCUCCAAUGGAUUCAAAACCCAACCUUUGGAACACACCACCUUCAACUUGCAGCAGCUAUAGCAGCAACAGCAGCGAGAGCGAUGCCAGCCCCUUCUGUUCCCAUCGCAUACCCAUAGCCAUAGUUUCUGGCUUCUUCCACUCUCACCGAUCACUCGCAGUUCUCUCGGGACACGUUGGCUCCGUUUCAUGCUUGGCCUUAUGCGGCGAGUUCAUCCUCAGUGCCUCGCAGGGUAAGGAUAUCAUAGUGUGGCAGCAACCAGAUUUGAGGGUGUUUGCAAAGUUCGGACAAGGAGAUGGGUCAGUGAAGGCACUUGCAUCGGUUGGGAACAAGGUUUUCACCGCACAUCAAGAUAGCAGGAUCAGAGUUUGGAAGGUGUCAAGAAGCUCAGAGAACGUGUUCAAGCUCGUUGAUACUCUUCCCACAACCAAGGACUAUUUGGGGAAGUUCAUGAAGCAGAGCAACUAUGUACAAACCCGGAGGCACCACAAGCGUUUGUGGAUUGAGCAUGCGGAUAGCAUUUCAUGCUUGACGGUUUAUAGCGGUUUGAUUUAUUCUGGGUCGUGGGACAAGACUCUUAAGGUGUGGAAGCUCUCGGAUUUGAAGUGUUUGGAGUCUAUAAAGGCUCAUGAUGAUGCUAUCAAUGGGUUGGUGGCGUGUAAAGGGGUUGUGUAUUCUGCUUCUGCUGAUGGAAAGAUUAAGGCUUGGGGGAGAAAAGAUGGGAAGGGGGGGCAUGCUUUGAAGGUGAUUUUGGAGGGUCAUAAAGAUGUUUCUUUUAAUGCUGUUGUUGUUUCUGAGGAUGGGAAAUGGGUUUAUGGAGGAGGGUCUGAUGGGUUUGUGAUGGGGUGGGAGGGGUGUGGGGGGUUUGAGAGUUGUUGGAAGCUGGUUUCUGAGACCAAGGCACAUGAGAUAGCUGUGUUGUGUAUGUGUUUAAUGGGGGAGUUAUUGUGCAGUGGAUCAGCGGAUAAAAGCAUAGGGAUUUGGAGGAGAGAGGCUUUUGGUAAGCUUUGUAAAGUUGGGGUCAUAAGUGGUCAUGAAGGGCCUGUGAAGUGUUUGCAGGCCUCAUCUAAUAGAAUUGGUGGUGGCUUUUUGUUGUAUAGUGGAAGCCUUGACAGAAGCGUUAGAGUUUGGUGGGUUCCAAGGUAUAAUAAUGAUGCAGAAGAAGUAAACGAUAACAACUCCACAAGAUUUGGCACAGUCAAUCAUCCCAUGUUAGGAUAGGAGGAACAUGUUGAAGGCUGAGUGGGUGAUGAAGCACACGAUCUAUUUUAACAGUGUCUGCCGUGUUUCCUUCUUGAUUAUUCAUUUUCUCCUUUGAAUUUGUUUUAGGUUGCAGAAAGACUAGAAUGAAGGGCAGAAUUGAAGAUUUUGUUUGUAUCUUGAAAUUGCUGUUUUGCUUUUCGGUUUGCAAAUGGUGUUGAUUUCAUUUUUUUUUUCUGAGCUGACUGUAGAAUUUUAGGGUGAAAUUAGGGGGCAUAGCAGAGUGGGGUGGUUAUACUUUUGUUUUUUAAAUUAUUUUUUUGUAUUUGUAUACAAUUGUAACUAUGCCUAUAAAGGAUUCAAUCAAUGGAAAUAAGUCAUGUUCUUUUGUUA